GCCCGGACCACGGCGGAAACCCGGACCUGUCCGCCAAUCCCCCGCCUGCUUCUUCACCGCAUUUCAGACCUACGAUGCAAAGUCCUGGUCCACCCUACCAAAGCACCAUGGGCUCUGCAAUGAACUACUCAGAACGUCCUUAUGAAAAUCAAAUGGCUUCACAUUGCCAAACUAACAGUUACCCUUCCUAUCAGCCGCCAUCUCCUUACAGGCCUCAUCCUGUUUCGCCGCCAGCUCACGCCCAUCAGUAUGGUGCCCAUGGGGGACAUCAGAUGCACGGAAGCCUGGCUGCGUACGGUUCUAGUCAUCAGCUGGGCCCCUAUGGCUCCGCCCCAGCUUCUCAUUAUCCUUCGCUCAGUCCGGACUUAUACGGGGGCAGGCCCUCCAUGUACAGCAGCUCCAGUGCGAGGGCCAUGCAGAUGAAGAGCGCGUGGGGAGGCGACAACAGCAGCAACAGCAGCUCGGAGAUCAUGCAAUACAGUCAGCCGUCGCCCAGGCCGAUGAUGCCCCCUCCUAGCAUGCAUUCUCCGCCACAUGCGGGCAUGGGCGGAGCAACUCCUCAUUAUCGCCAAGUUCCCAUUGUCUCGGCGGCCACCGGACAUUCUCCACACUCGUGGUCCCAGUCUCAAAUACCUAGCCCCGGUGUCCUUCACUCUCCAAGAACCACACCGUCUCCUCUUCCUGCUCACACGAGAUCUCCCGUGGGAGGAGGACAACCCUUCAGUCCGCCUCCUGCCGCUCCUUCUCCACAACAACAGCAACAUCAUCCACCUCCGUCGAUGACUCCGCAUCCUCCACCUCCCCACAAAACAACCCCAUCUCCUCCUUCUGGUGCUACUACCCCUGCGCCAACCACAGGAGGAGCACGCCAACCUAUGUGUGGCAGUCCUUCCGGUAAUCAGGGUCCAGCCAACUCGGAUCCCCUACAGUCAUUGCAAAAGAUGGUUAUGUUGGACUCUGAAACUGUUGAAUCGCCAAUAACCAGGGCAAACUAUGAGAUGGCUGCUAAUCAGGGAGCUGGUGGAGCUCCUGGCCCGUCAGUUGCUGGCCGACCUUCAUCAUAUUUCUCUGUUGAGCAGCUAGCGGGUAGUGACCCUGGAUCUCCCUAUCCAACAUACUACAAUCUUGACCAAAAUCGUUUAUGUACUCCACCAAGGACUGCCAUGUCUACUCCAACUAAUUCCACAUUUUCAUCAGCACCAGAUUCAACGUCUAGUAACUCACCUCGUAGUGAUUCAAGGACGACCACAGCAAGUGCAGAUUCGUCCAAUCAUGUAGCUCAUGUGAAUGGUGAUGUGAAUCCACAUGUUGUCAAUUCCAUUGCCACGGCUGGCCCCGCAGAAGCGCAGCCUCCCCCACCGCAAGGUCCACCUCCUAGGAGACCUGAAUUUGAAAACUUUUCAGUAAAUGAUGUCAGAAUGACCAACGGAAACCACCCUCCUGACAACCCUGGCAUUAGGGAUGAUCUCGGAGGUCCAGUGUCAAGUGAUUCUGAGAACAAAGACACUCAAGAUUUCUUACAACACCUUGGCGGAGUUCCUCCUUUGCCAGAACCCGAUGGCACUGUUGAUUUGAGGCGGAAAUCGCCAAAGUCGCCUCGCGGAAGGCGGAGGGUAUUUGGACAUGAUCUUCAAUGUGAUCCUUUAAUGGAUAACUCAAUGGAUAUCCCACGCAACAAACCCAUGAUGAUUCCAGAAGAAAGGAGAAAUUCCACUUUGCCGGAGUUCGAAAUAACAAAUGGAAAGCCCGAAGCUUGUGAUGAUGUUUACCCCUCGGAUGGUGGCUAUACUCCGCGACCGCCACGGUACUAUAGUCCUACUAACCGAUGGAAUAAAAUGGGCCCGCUGGAAGAUGGUUUUAUGGGAAUGCAGCAAAGUAAACCAUACCCAGAUGAUUGUCUUUCCAUGCCUAAACCAAAAAGAGGCAGAAAAAGGAAGACAUUUGAUCAGGAUGGAAUAGUUCCUGAGUGGGAUAUGUACAAUUCAGAAAUAGUGCAUCGCCCUCCAAGAGUUUCUCGAGGAGGUACACGUGGUCGAAGGGGUAGCAGGCGCAGAGGAGGUAUUCAAUCUUAUCCUGCAAAUAACGGCGAAAUACCGAUGGAUAUGUACGCAGCUGAUGCCAUGCUUUCCAUGCGAAAUCACCCGAGCAACGGAAUGGGAGAAAUGGUAGGUCCUUCUCCAGACAAAGAUAUGCCUUGGGGCUCACAUAAUUACCACAUGGGACCCCCACCGCCCUCCGGAAUGGGUGCUGAUUAUGGGUCCAAAGAUAGCAUGUCUGUAAUUAAGCCUCCAAUGAUGGAUGCUCAUGCUAUGGACAGUGCUUCUUUAAAUAAUAGCAUGCCCCCAAAUCAACCUCCAAACUAUCAAAGUGAUGUUCCUCCGGAUGAUAGGGGUCGUGGUCCUCUAUUAUUUACUGUUAAUAAAGACGGUAGCACUGUUAAGUUACAAGACAAUAGUCAAAUGAGCAACAGUUCGAUGCAGAGUCAAAGUCAGAGUCAAUAUUAUGAUCCCGUUCUCGGGCAAAUGAUGCCGCAACCAAUGAAGAAAAAAAGGGGUAGACCAUUUGGAAGCAAAAAUAAACCAAAACCACCCGGCGAAGAACGAACACCUAGGCGACGGCGGAAGAAAGAAGUAUUUUUUGGACCUGAAGGACCUCCACCACCCGUGAUUAAAAAACGUUUGAUCAACGGCCCUUAUGUACAUAUUAUGGGGAUUAGAAACAAACCUUUGAUAGUAUCUGUGGUGAAUCCUUCUCCAAAAGAUGAGAAUUCUGAAAUGAAAUACUGGCAGCACAAGCAGCAACCUUUGCAGUUUAGUGGUGUGAUUCGACAAAACAUGGCCAUGAACUCGAAUAACGGUCUACCGCACAUAUACGACACGAUUACAAAAGACAGAAGCUGGUUAUGUUCCCUUUGUUGCAAGAACAGUCACUAUAGAGGGCUUGGAGAUUUAUUCGGUCCCUAUUACCUGAAUGGCGAUCAAAAGCCGUCCAAUUUUUCAGCCCCGCCCUCCCCUGCUCCUAUGUCUGGCUUUGGCAAUGAAUCCAGUGAACCUGGAGAUGAUCUGGAACCGGAAGAUAGUCGAGAAGAUUUGGCAGAUCCUUCUUCAUCUUGUUCUGAAAUUCCAGGAGGUCGAAGAUUUCCCGGGAAGAGAAAAUCUGAUGUCAUGGAACAAAUGUUCCGGGCAGCUCUUCUCAGAAAAGCUAAACAAGCUAACGGUCAGAAGCCGUUGGAGGAGAUGUCAAAUCACAUGUCGGGUUGCGACCCAUCCCUUUCAGUUCCAAGUCAGUUCUCUAUGGACGCACCUACGGACAACAAAGAGUUCUGGGUGCAUGAAGAAUGUGCCGUGUGGUCCAAAAAUGUUUAUCUAUUUGGUCACCGGUUACGAGGCCUGGAGGAGACCGUUUUAAAGUCUGUCGAUAAGCUUUGUUCAAGAUGUAAAUUUCCAGGAGCUUCUUUAAGUUGUGGUUAUGACAAUUGUCCAGAGCUCUACCACUAUUUAUGUGCUCGGGAUAAUUGGUGUCAAAUGGACGAAGACUCAUAUACAAUAUAUUGUCCACAGCACAAGGUUUUAUCAAGCCAUUGCGACGAGCAUCAAAGCAUCCAGAACUCAUAGGAAAUAUCUAAUACUACAACAAAAAAGAGCUUCCAGCUAAACUCGAGGUCCGUGGUUUGGUGCUAAACAAUUAAGCAAAAGAAGAAACCAUCGACCCAUGAAC